GGAAAUAGCCAUAGACAAUCACAGCUCAACAGCUUUUUAACUCACCUCUCACUCUCAGAUCAUUCUUGUUUCAUAUUCUUUCCUCUCUCUCUCUCCCUCUCUUACCUUUUCUACUUUGGAGUUUGAGAGAAAGAGAAGAAGAAAGAGAAGAAGAAAGAUUUUAAUCAUUUUAGCAGCUUCAACUUUCUCAACCCAACCUUAGUUUCUCUCCAUUGCUCUCAUGUGAGAUUCAGUCUUUUUCAUCACUUUUUCUUUGUGACUUUGUCUCUGUUUCAGCCUUCCAAAUCCCAGAUCCUCUGUUUUCUUCAUUUAAGUUUCCUUUUAAUUUUUUUUUUCUCUAGAUUGGGAUCUGACACUAAGAAACUGGUUUGGUCCUUCGGACAGGAAAGUUCAGAAACAGAAUCUUGUUCUUCUUCUUAUCAUCUCUCUUUCUCUCUCAGAUUCCAUUUCCAAAAUGCCAUUUCGAUAGAUCAAAACCACCAAACGUUUCUAUCUUUCUUUAACAUCCACCAUUGAUAUAUAUAUAGAGAGAGAGAGAGACACAAGAUCAACAAUCGUUGAAGAAACAUGAACAGAAGAAUCGAAGUUCUGUCCUCAGCAACAUACUUAGACACAUCAAACUGGCUGUUCCAAGAAAACAGAGGAACUAAAUGGACACAUGAAGAAAACAAGAAGUUCGAAAACGCUUUAGCGUUUUACGACAAAGACACUCCCGACAGAUGGAACAAAGUCGCCGCUAUGCUCCCUGGAAAAACAGUCGGAGAUGUCAUCAAACAGUACAGAGAGCUAGAGGAAGAUCUCAGCGACAUCGAAGCUGGUCUUAUACCGAUCCCUGGCUACGCCUCUGAUUCAUUUACACUAGACUGGGGAGGCUACGACGCUGGAAACAAUGGGUUUAACAUGAACGGAUAUUACUUCCCCGCCGCCGGAGGAAAGAGAGGAUCCGCCGCGAGAGCAGCGGAGCAUGAACGGAAGAAAGGUGUUCCAUGGACAGAAGAAGAACACAGACAAUUUCUGAUGGGUCUGAAGAAAUAUGGAAAAGGCGAUUGGAGAAACAUAGCUCGAAACUUCGUGACCACACGGACGCCAACGCAAGUCGCAAGUCAUGCUCAAAAGUAUUUCAUAAGGCAAGUCAACGGCGGCAAAGAUAAACGCCGUUCAAGCAUCCAUGAUAUCACCACCGUCAACAUCUCAGACUCUCCUGAUGCAGCGGCCGCUGAUUCCGCAACCGCAAACGCCCCAUGCUCGCCGCCGUCAGUAGGAGGAAGCCAGCGAGAGGCUUCAGAUCACUGGGAAGGUCAAACGACAUACGUUGAAACAGCGGCUGCGUUUUACAAUCAAAACGUGUUUCAAGAAACGCUCCUUGGAAUGUCCUCAACGCCGUAUAUGGCCAAACUGCAGGAGCAGAGUUUUCUAAACGCAUCACAAUUCGAAUCGUACAAUGCGUAUCUCCAAAUGUAGCACAAGGUGAAGAUCUCGGAGAAGUUACCGAGUUAAUAAUCAUUAGUAACUUUUUUUACUCUUUUGGUUUUUAUUGUUUGAUCUGCGCGGCUUGCAUAUACAAAAAAUAUUAGCUGCUCUUUUUUUCCGAGACUCUUAGUGUUUUUCUCCCUAUAUUUUUGUGGUUGAUUCAAAGAUAUUUUUAGCAAAUUAAUUAGAGUUUUGGUUAUUUUAAUUGCUGAGUGGUGCAUUUUGUGUUUGUGUGAUUUGGACCUCUUGUGAGCUCAAAUUGCUUUUUUAUAAUUUAUGUUUUAUGAGUUGUGUCA